AUGAACGAGACUGGAGCUCAGCUCUUCUCUCGUCUGGAGCCGCGUCGCUGUUUGAAGGACAUCGAGCCUCGACUGUUUCCCCAAGAUGAAGGUCCAGACUCUGGUGAGGUGGUGGAAAUCUCCGGACCAGAAGGCACAGGUAAGACGGCGCUGCUGUACCACCUUCUGAUUGGCUGCCUGCUGCCCCUCUCCGCUGGCGGUCUGGAGGUCUCUGUGGCCUUUGUAGACACAGACCACAGCCUCGACAUGAUCCGACUUGUAAGCCUCCUGGACCAGAGGCUCCACACUGCAGUGCCUCCUGCUGACCUUGAAGAGUCUCUGCUUCGGUCUUGCCUGUCACGCCUCUUCGUCCUGCACUGCUCAUCUUCCUCGCAGCUGCUGCUGACACUUCACUUCCUUGAAACAACCAUCACCACGCGGCCUGGCCUAUCACUACUGCUCAUCGACAGCAUCUCUGCAUUCUAUUGGCUGGAUCGAGCAGAGGGCGGGACCAGCUACAGCAAACGGGAAGAGAGACUGAACAAAUGCUCAGAGCUGCUGGGACGACUGCUAAGGGAUUACAAGAUUACAGUGUUCGCGACCUGCCACUCGAUCAGACACAAGAGCUCCUCCUCCUCUGCUACCUCUUCCUCCUCCCUCCUGGCUGACCACGACCGGCCCUAUCUGUGCGGGGCAUGGCAGAAGCUUGUGUCGCACCGUUUAACCUGCUCCAGGACUGACACUAUCCCCAACAUGGCCGCUGCGGAGCCCAAAAAGGACACUACUCUCUCCAACAUGGCCGCUUCCUCGUCAACAGUUCUGAAAGCCCCGGAGAGGAGACACGAGCGAACCGCAACGAAACCAAUGCCGUCUGAGGCUCAGGAGCGGGACAGAGGGCCGCCUCCUGUCACUAGGGCUGGACGCAGCGCUUCAUUGGCCAAAGCCUCCACAAGCCCUGGCCUCGAGAGACGCAGGGGACGGCCGCGUAAAGAUGGCCGCUCUGCCCCCCCCUCACCGCCACCGCCGCUCGCUAAACACAAGAAGGGACGCACUCGAAGCCGCACAAAGGGUGAAGGCGAUGACUGUGUGGAGAAGAGCCCCGCUCCCAGGACAGGAGUGGAGAAGAGCCCCGCUCCCAGGACAGGAGUGGAGAAGAGCCCCGCUCCCAGGACAGGAGUGGAGAAGAGCCCCGCUCCCAGGACAGGAGUGGAGAAAAGCCCCGCCCCAAGGACAGGAGUGGAGAAGAGCCCCGCCCCCAGGACGGACGUGAGUGAGAAGAUGGCCACACGGAGGCGCUCAACGUCCCAGAGAAAGUCUCAGAAUAAAGCCCACAGUCCAGUGUCCUCCAAGCCUUCAUCCCCCAAGCCUUCAUCCCCCAAGCCUCCAUCCCCCAAGCCUCUGUCCCCCAGGCCUUCAUCUCCAAAGCCUGCUGUCCAGACCCCUCCUCACCCCACUGCUACUCCCCCUGCCACACCUAGCCCCAUCGCCAUGGAAAUACAGGAGCAGGAAGGAAGCAUGGAGUUGAGGCCCGCCCCCAGCCCCUGCUCCAGUGUCCCAGAGACCCCACGGCCAGAUGAUGAUUUGGCCUUCCUCCUGUUCCAGCGCAGUUUGGCAGACGACCCCGGCGGCUCCCCUACAGCGAGCAUUGGGGACACAGUGAAGCGGCUAACGCGAUGUGCUUUCUGCCUGCGGGGGGAGCUGUCGUUGCUGGGACAAGGUCCUCUGGUUGUGUUUGGUCCCACUCCCGGAUACAUCCCGCUGCACGUGCUGAACUGCCGCGCCUCCCCAGAUCGUCAUAACGACUGCCACGACCAUGUGUACCGGCCCGCACCCGACCGGUGCAUCAGUCCAGAGCAGAGCGAUUCCUCUGAGUUUGUCCUACAGCUCGGCGCAAUGGGUCUUCAUCCUGAAGAACAUGAGCAGAGUCUGUUUGACCCCACAGGUCAGUGCUGUGCCCAUAUGCAGUGUGCGUCGUGGUCAGAGGGCGUGUCCAGAGGAGACGCUCAGUGUCUGCUGUUUGUGGACAAGGCUAUUGACUGUGCAUCUACACAGGUCUGUUCCUUCUGUCACCACUUGGGAGCGUCGCUGCGUUGCCGGGAGACAGGCUGUGGGCGGACUUACCACUUCCCCUGUGCCGCUGCUGCUUCCACCAAUCAGGAGUGGAGUCAGAAGGUCACAUGGUGCUCCCGACACGCCCACAAAGUCCCGGUCCAGUGUGCUCUUUGCUUUCGUGGCGGUGGGGAGUUGUUGAUGUGCUGUUGCUGUGGAGACCAUUACCACGGUGACUGCUUGGUACCACCCCUUCAGGCCACACCCCUUACCCGGGCCGGGUGGCAGUGCGCCCAGUGCCGGGUGUGCCGUGCGUGUGGAUUGCGAGAGCAGGACAGUUCUCUUCUUGUCUGUUCUCGAUGUGAUAAAGUUUAUCAUCCACACUGCCUCAGCCCUCUGCUCCUGCAGCCCCCCUCCAGUGGCUGGAACUGCAAGAGCUGCAGAGUCUGCCAGCGCUGUGGUGUGAGAUCAUCCGGGGUGUGGGCCAAUCACCCGUCUCUGUGCGAGUCAUGUGACCCAGCCCAGCCCUGUGGUCUGUGUGGACACGCCCCCGACCUUUACUCCCCACAGAACCAUGUUACCUGUAUCAGCUGCUUCAGGAGUUUGCAUACAGAGUGCAUCAUUCAGGCUGGCGAGGCGAGGUUGGGGGCUGAAGCGUAUACAUGCACCACAUGCAGGCCACGGGCGGAACUGCCAACCAGCCCCUUCACCGUCUCCACCACUCCUCCAGUAUUAUCAGACAAAGAUCCGCCCAUUUCAUCUCAUCAACCCUCUCUUCCCAGCUGUCACAAAGACUCUCCCGAAAGCCCUGAUUGGAUGGACACAACGCAGCCUCUUCCAUCGUCAUCGCAAGAACCAGAGCAAAGUCUGUGUCGAAAGUAUCUCACAGAUAGCCCAUGUCGAAAAGGUCGGCCUCCCUGUGAUAUACAGCCAUCGGGAGUUUGUGGAGCUGCACCAGAAGCUUCAGGAGUUUUUGAAGCUGAACCAGAGCCUUCAGGAGUUUGUGUAGCUGCAUCUGAGGCUUCAGGAGUUUGUGAAGCUGCAUCUGAGGCUUCAGGAGUUUGUGUAGCUGCAUCUGAGGCUUCAGGAGUUUGUGAAGCUGCAUCUGAGGCUUCAGGAGUUUGUGAAGCUGCAUCUGAGGCUUCAGGAGUUUGUAAAGCUGCAUCUGAGGCUUCAGGAGUAGGUGAAGCUGCAUCUGAGGCUUCAGGAGUUUUUAAAGCUGCAGCAGAGGCUUUGGAAAUGAAGUGGUGUCCCUCAUCGUCGCAAAAUCUGCUGGUUGAAGAAUCUCAACUCUUGAACAGCCCCCCUCCAGCUUCAGCAUGCAUUCAAGUGAACAGAAGAGGCAGUCCUUUUGACCCCGAUAUGGUAGAGUUUGAAGCUAGUCCACCCCCCUCUCCCCCCCCUCAAGACAAAUCUGCUCGUAGUCCGACGCCUCCAAGCCCUUGUGAGAAUGUAUUUGAUGAGGAAGCAAACAUUAGUCCUGUCAUGAGCCACCUAUCCUCCCUUCAACAUGAACCCAUCCCUCCUCAAUAUCCACAGCAGGUCUCACCCAUCCCUUCGCUCUCCAGAUCUAAAGCUAGCUCCUCUGUUGCGGCUAGCCUAGGUCAUUCGUCAGUUAGCACAGCCGUCGAAGCAGAUAAUGGUGCUGAUCCCAUUUCCAUCAAAACUCCAGAGGAUGGACUUCCUCUUGUUGAUGAGGGAUUGGAUCUUGAGGCUACUUCCACAUCAGAUGAUGUGGUGGAGUAUCUGACGGAGAAGGAAUUGGAGGAUCCCAUGGAGAUGGAGGAGUCAAAAGAGUUGGAGGAGCUUAAGGAGGUGGAGGAGCCUAAGAAGAUGGAGAUAGAGGAGCCUAUGGACGUGGAGGAGCCUAUGGACGUGGAGAAGCCUGAGGAGGUGGAGAAGCCUGAGGAGGUGGAGAAGCCUGAGGAGGUGGAGAAGCCUGAGGAGGUGGAGAAGCCUGAGGAGGUGGAGAAGCCUGAGGAGGUGGAGAAGCCUGAGGAGGUGGAGAAGCCUGAGGAGGUGGAGAAGCCUGAGGAGGUGGAGAAGCCUGAGGAGGUGGAGGAGCCUGAGGAGGUGGAGGAGCCUGAGGAGGUGGAGGAGCCUGAGGAGGUGGAGGAGCCUGAGGAGGUGGAGGAGCCUGAGGAGGCAGCUUUAUCCUCACAUAUCGACUUGGAAGCUGUCCACGUGGAAGAGAGGUGUGUGCUCAAAAAUCAGGAUCAUGACGAGUCUUUAGCGAGCUGUGAGGAUAGACUUGAGAGCUUACUCACAGAAGAGUUUUUUCAGAGAACUGAGGAGAGUUCACACACAGCAGAAGAGCUUUCUCAGAAAACCGAGAAGAGCUCACACACAGCAGAAGAGCUUUCUCAGAAAACCGAGAAGAGCUCACACACAGCAGAAGAGCUUUCUCAUAGAUCUGAGGAGAGCUCACACACAGCAGAAGAGCCUUCCCAGAGAACCGAGGAGUGCUCAUACACAGCAGAAGAUUUGGAAGAAAUGGGAGAAGAUAAAACAAAUAGAAACCCAGAGCAAAAUGACGAGGAGUUAGCAGAGGGGAGUGAGGAGAGUUUGGAACAUUUACCAGAGAAAAUUGACUCUCAAAGGACUGACAGAACUUCAGAGGGACUAGAUAUAGAGCUCUCUAAGAGAUCCAAGAGUUCGGGAAAUACAAUAGACAUGAAUGACUCUCAAAGCACUGACAGAACACCAGAGGUUGUUGAGACAAGUGAGGACACCACGCACGCAAAAGCAGAUUAUUCGGACGAGGCGAUGAACAUCCAAAGGACUGCUGGAACACCGGGGCAAUCUUGUGAGAAGUUUUCUGUAGAUGGAAAAGUUGAUGAGUGUAUUGAACACCUAAAGACUGAACCCGAUCAAGAGGAGCACAUCGUUCUUCAGAGGCAGGAGGGAGCAGAGGAGUCCAUAGACUUUCUACAGACAGAACAAGAGGAACUUGGUCUACACAUGACAGACCAGCUAGAGGAGGAGAAAAACCAGGGGUGUCUAGAGGAAGCUGGUCCAAGUGAAGAAAAGACCACUGCAGAAGACCUUAGCCCUCACAGUUCAGGAGGAGUGUUGUCGCCAGCUCGGCCAACCCCCCACUCUGUGUCUCCCCCACUCGCCUCACCGUCCUCUGUCUCAUCUCCUGCCCCAUCAUGGCCCUGCAGAACAUGUUCUUCAGGCGGCCCCUACUUGCGAACACAAACCCAACAACAUAUCACCCUGACCCAGGAAGAAGAACCCAGCAAUCAUGAUUCGCAGCCAAUCACGUGCCUUCAACAAGAAGAGACAGGAUCCACUGACCAACUCGAAAAGCCUCUAAACCAUAAAGUCCAAUCCUCCAAUGUGGGAGACCCAGAAGUCCAAUCCUCCAAUGUGGGAGACCCAGAAGUCCAAUCCUCUUAUGCGGCAGACCCAGAAGUCCAGUACUCCAAUGAGAGAGACCAAGGAGAGCCCAAUCAGAAAGCCAUCAGCAAGAAGGAAAAUUUGGAAAAAGCCACUGAAAACGAGUUCAGCAAUCGCGAUUUUGAAAUGACCACUCAGGAAGACAAGCUUUUAAAAGAUUCUGACAAUUCCUGUUCAACCGACCAAUCACAGAGCUUGUUUACAGUGCAGGCCUCUGGAGACGACCAGUUAAAGACUUUGGAAGAUACAGAAAUGGUGAGUGAGAAUGCAAUAGAAACCAAAGUGGUACCAAUAAUGGCCGGCGACCGGGGUGGCGACCGAGGCAACGAGUCUGACGAAAGCGGUUUAGAAGCAGAGUUUGAGAUAAUUCAAUGUGAAGAGGUCCUUAGAAUUCAAGAGGAAAUGUUGCAGCAACAGUUUGUGUGGUCCAAAGAGACUGAGGUUUGUGCUGGAGACCAGAUGAGAACUGAGACUAGUGUAGUCGACCAAUCGGAGGCCAUGGAGAAAAAUAUGGUGGAUCACCAAAAGACGCAAGAAAGGUCGUUAUUUGGUUCGGCUGUUGAGGAGACCUGUGCUGGAGACCAGAUGGAGACUGAGGUUUCUGCUGGAGACCAGAUGAGGACUGAGGUCUCUGCUGGAGACCAGAUGAGGACUGAGGUCUCUGCUGGAGACCAGAUGAGGACUGAGGUCUCUGCUGGAGACCAGAUGAGGACUGAGGUCUCUGCUGGAGACCAGAUGAGGACUGAGGUCUCUGCUGGAGACCAGAUGAGGACUGAGGUCUCUGCUGGAGACCAGAUGAGGACUGAGGUCUCUGCUGGAGACCAGAUGAGGACUGAGAUGAGUACAGAGGUCUCUGCUGGAGACCAGAUGGGAACUGAGGUCUCUGCUGGAGACCAGAUGGGAACUGAGGUCUCUGCUGGAGACCAGAUGGGAACUGAGGUCUCUGCUGGAGACCAGAUGAGUACAGAGGUCUCUGCUGGAGACCAGAUUGGAACUGAGGUCUCUGCUGGAGACCAGAUUGGAACUGAGGUCUCUGCUGGAGACCAGAUUGGAACUGAGGUCUCCGCUGGAGAUCAGAUGGGGACAGAGGCGUGUGCCGGAGACCAGAUGAGGACUGAGGUCUCUGCAGAAGGCCAUUUGAGGACUGGGGUCUCUGCUGGAGACCAGAAAGAGACUGAGGUCUCUGCCGGAGACCAGAAAGAGACUGAGCUCUCUGCCGGAGACCAGAUCGAGACUGAGGUCUCUGCCGGAGACCAGAUCGAGACUGAGGUCUCUGCCGGAGACCAGAUCGAGACUGAGGUCUCUGCCGGAGACCAGAUCGAGACUGAGGUCUCUGCCGGAGACCAGAUCGAGACUGAGGUCUCUGCCGGAGACCAGAUCGAGACUGAGGUCUCUGCCGGAGACCAGAUCGAGACUGAGGUCUCUGCCGGAGACCAGCUGGGUGCUGAGGUCUGUGCCGGAGACCAGCUGGGUGCUGAGGUCUGUGCCGGAGACCAGCUGGGUGCUGAGGUCUGUGCUGAGGUCUGUGCCGGAGACCAGCUGGGUGCUGAGGUCUGUGCCGGAGACCAGCUGGGUGCUGAGGUCUGUGCCGGAGACCAGCUGGGGGCUGAGGUCUGUGCCGGAGACCAGCUGGGUGCUGAGGAGAUCCCUGGCCUUAAGGAAGACCAUAUGGAGGCGACCAAGAGCUUGGACCGGUCUGAGGGAGGGGACAAAACAAAGAGUUUGAUCGCAGCGAAAAGGCCAGGAAACGAGCAGGAAGAGGCAGAAUUGAUUCAACAGCACAGAGAAAACGUGGAGGAAACGGUCAAUCAGUCAAGAGCGGUUUUGUUGGAAGAGGAGGUGGGGGAGAAAGCUGCAGUUGACCAGUCAGAGGCCGCGGAGAACCAGGAUGCUGAAGACAAUAUGGAGGACCCCCAGACGUGUGAGGAGUCCCGGGACCCAGAGGAGCAGUCGUACAAAGAGGGCUCAGACUCGGAACCGGAGGAUCCCGUGAGUCCGGUCUUGGACCUGGAUGCGGGUCUGGACCUGGAGGUGAUGGAGCUGAUGUCUUCUGCUCUGUCGGGCCCUGUGCUGCCAGAGCCUCGGAGGGGAAAGGGCUGCUCAGCUCUGCGUACACUGCACUCGGGCUGUCGACCCGAACAUGACCUCACAACACGCCUUAGACAUUCCCCCUUCUCUGCUGAAGCCUCCCCCGAAAACUCUCCCACCCCCCUGUCCCCGAUGACCCCUCCCUUUCGACGGUCCUCUGAGAGCCCGCCCAUGACCCUGGUCGCCCCCACUGUCAUUCCUCUCACCCCUAAGAUUGGCAUGGGCAAACCCGCCAUCACCAAGAGGAAGUUCUCCCCUGGGCGAGCACGUGCACGGCAGUGUUCUUGGUGGAGCAGCCGGAGAGCAGUCAGCCCGCCUUCCUCCUCCCAGGACUCAAACGACGGCUGGGAGAGUCCGAAACCACGGUCCCAGGACUCGCCUCUGUGGGGUGCCAAGACGGGCCGGGGCUCGGGGUUUCCAGGCCGCAGGAGGUCCAGAGGAGGAGGCAUUGGGUCGAGAGGAGGACGAGGUCGGAGCCGUCUGAAGACUCAGGACAGCCUGAGCGUUUCCCCUGGAGGUGGUUACAUGGAGUCGUUCCAGAUCAGAGAUGAGGAGGACAGCUCCAUGCACAACACUGUGGUCAUGUUCUCCACCUCGGACCACUUCACCCUCAAACAGGACAUGUGUGUGGUCUGUGGCAGCUUUGGUCAGGGGAAGGAGGGCCGUCUGUUGGCCUGUGCUCAGUGUGGACAGUGUUAUCACCCAUUUUGCGUCAAUGUGAAGGUGACCCGUGUGAUCCUGACCAAAGGGUGGCGCUGUCUGGAGUGCACUGUGUGUGAGGCAUGUGGCCAGGCCAGCGACCCGGGACGCCUGCUGCUGUGUGACGACUGUGACAUCAGCUUUCACACAUACUGCCUUGACCCACCCCUGCUCACCGUGCCCAAAGGGGCAUGGAAGUGCCGAUGGUGUGUGUGGUGUGUCCAGUGUGGAUCUGGCUCUCCUGGUCUUCACUGUGAUUGGAUGAAUAACUACAGCCUAUGUGGCCCAUGCAGUAGCCUGAGCCACUGUCCCCUGUGUCAGAGAGGGUAUUCCCAGGAAGACCUGAUUCUGCAGUGCCAGCAGUGUGACCGAUGGGUCCAUGCCCUGUGUCAUGGUCUUAUGUGUGAGGAGGAGGUGGAGGCUGCAGCUGAUGAGGGCUUUGACUGUUCGCUCUGUAAGAACCACGGCAAGACCACAUAUGCCCGCUCUGAUAGCCUGGACUCUCCGUACAUGGCCCAGAUCAUCUCCAGGUGCAGAGAGCCAGAGCUGAAGACCUACACUCAGGACGGUGUGUGUCUGACAGAGUCCGGUCUGUCGCAUCUUCAGGCUCUAGUGGAGCCGCUGACCUCACCACGCCGCUACCGCAGGAACAAGCCAAAACUGAAGUUGCGGAUAAUCAACCAGAACAGUGUUUCAGUGCUGCAGACCCCAGAGACCCCCACAGAGCCCGAGCCCCCCCGAGAUCUGGACUGUGAGAUGAAGUCCGACUCGAGUCCAGAGCGAGAUCUGAAUCUUGGAGGUUAUGGUCUCAAAGAGACUACAGAAGAGAAGAAGAGGAAGAGGAAGCCUUACAGACCUGGGAUCGGAGGCUUCAUGGUUCGCCAGCGCGGAGGUAAAGGUCCGAGCAGAAUCAAACUAUGUCGAAGCGACUCCACAGACGUGUACCCAGGACGAGACGACGACGGAGACCUGGUGGACACACCCACAGACCCCAAUAACGACAAAGUGAAAAAGAGAUACAGGAAGAAGAGGACCAAGCUUGAGGAGACCUUCCCUUCUUAUCUACAGGAGGCGUUCUUUGGCCGUGAUCUUCUGGACCGAAGCCGUCUAAUUGACAGGAGGACAGGACAGGAGGCGGCAGGUCUCAGCCAAUCAGGAACCGUAUCUACGAAAGGCUCCGUCCCCGUGCCGUUGGGCCGUGCACUCCAGAAGCCUGUGUCAGAGGAGAUGCUGGAUCUGUCUGAUGUUCUCACAGAGCCACACAUCAUGGGACCUACAGCCGUUCUCCCCUCUGGGUCUGUGGCCUCCUGCAAGACACAGCGGUCAGGACAGGAGGAGCCUCUGGACGCCAUCCUCAGCCCAGAACUGGACAAGAUGGUGACAGACGGUGCCAUCCUCAGUAAACUCUACAAGAUUCCUGAGCUUGAGGGAAAAGACGUGGAGGAGCUGUUCACUGCUGUUCUCAGUCCGAAUCACAGCCAAUCAGAGGCUUCGAGCAGCGGCAAGCCCCUCCCCCGUGCUUCAGGUGAACAGCGCCUCCCUCUGGUCAAUGGUCUCAUGAGCUCCGCCCACUUCUCAGCUCCCACGCUGCCGCUGGGCCCUCAGGCCACGCCUCACUUCAGGAUGGCUCCUCCCCCUCACUCAGGCCACACCCCUCUCCCUCCAGGCCCCACCCACGCCCUGCAGUCGUCCAAUCAAACGCAGUCUCCAGCGGAGGAGCAGGAUGUCUUGUCCACGGCUCAGAGGGGGAUGUUGAAGUGGGAGAAAGAAGAACCUCUGGGAGAACUGGCCACAGUUGCCCCAGUCCUGUAUGUCAACGUCAAGUUCCCCCAGCUGAAGGAGCAGUAUCCAGACUGGCCGUCCAGGAUGAAGCAGAUCGCCAAACAGUGGAGGAAGGCCAGCUCCCAAGACCGAGCCCCCUUUGUGCAAAAGGCUCGAGAUAAUCGAGCAGCUCAGAGGAUCCACAAAGUGCAGCUCCCUCCUGACCCACUCAAACGCCUGGUCCCGCCCCCUCCAGCAAGCUAUGAUCCCGUUGCCAUGGAGACUGAUCCGGCCUUUAGGGACCGACCCCGCGAGACCGAGCAGGAGCAGGAAUGGAAGCUGCGGCAGGGAGAGGUAAAUGAGAGAUGGGGCUCCGGGCUAAAAACACCAUCACAUAAAGAUUGUCCCUUCCAGGCGUCUGUAGCAGGAGCAGAGCCUCUGCUCAUGCGACACAAGAGCAAACAGCAGGCCAAGAUCGAAGCCACGCAGAAACUGGAGCAAGUGAAGAACGAACAGCUCAUGCAACAACGUCAGCAGCAGCUCCACAGCUCACAACGGCUCUGCGGAGGCGUGUCUCCGAUGUAUUCCCCGGACAGCCCCAUGCCAUCCAAUCAACAGCCAGCUCUGGACGAUGUCUUCCUGCGGCCCCAGAACCCGCCCCUCUCGGCCUUCUCUCCCUCCUCUCCCCAGAUGUUCUCCCCCCCCCCCUCGCGCCCCUCAUCUCCUUGGGAUCCGUACGCUAAAGUGGUGGGAACGCCACGGCCACAGCAGCAGGUUCAGAGAAGGAACUCGCUAAGCUCGCCGGCCCACGAUGCACUGGGCUCUGCUUCCCCAGACACCAAAGGAGCGGAGGGCUUCAGGAGCAUGGGGCCUCAGCAAGCACUCCGUCCAGUCAUGCUCAGUCCCUCCUCUCUGGACACCCGAGUCUCGUACCAGCGGCCAGUCUUCAAAGCGCCCAUGCCACCUCAGCACAGUGCUCGCCCCACAGAUCUGGGCUUCCCCCUUGGGCAGGACUACCCCUCGAGUCCCUUGUCUGCUCUGGGCUCGCCUCAGCGCAGCCCGUACGCCCAGGCGCCAGGGACCCCGCGGUCUGACUACACUGCCGCAGAGGGCUUCAGUCACCAGUCCCCCCACAGCUCCAGACCCUCUCCGGAGCCGUACCCCCAAACCCCGGGUACGCCGCGCUUCCCCCGCUCCCCUGUGGGUACCUCCCGGCCAUCCCCCGAGGCUUACAGCCAAGGAGCAGACAUUUUCUCUGGGCAGGGAGCAGCCGGGUCCUCCCCCCGAGCUCCAGGGCUGAGCGUUGACCCAACAGGCUACACACCGCAUCUGCAGUUGCAGCGCUCUCCGAGUCGACCUCAGCCGCCCACCCCAAAGCAUGCUGGGAUAUCGGAGGAGGGUCAGGACCCGGCACAUGACUCACUUGAGCAGAGUCACAUGGCUGUGGGCCCGCCUAACGACAAACUGCUGUCGACCAAUGAGCUUUCGGCGCUAGGAGCCGAGGUGAUGCCACAGAUGGGCGACUCGGACGACAAACUCAGACAGGUGACAGAGAUGCGACAGCGCCUGCGGCAGCUGAUCCUCCGGCAACAGCAACAGAAGAGCGCGCUGCGUCAAGAGAAGACUGGAGGCCACGCCCCCUCUGCCCCUCCCACAGCAGGGCAUUUACCUCAGACUUCCAAGCCCCCAGGCCAAGCACCCUCUGCUACAGGCCCCACCCCCCUGGCUCGCCCCUGGACACAAAAUGACCCUGACCCAUUUGGACGACCCCCGCCACCGUACCCAGGGGCGAUGAGGCCAGUAGCUCCGCCCCCUCAGAGGCUCCACCCCGAUCAGCAGCUACAGGGUUUUCCACCCAGUGAGUCAGGGUCAGUCCCCCGAGGACAUGCCCACCUUAGGUUCGGGGCUCCUCCUGGGCUCCAGGACUCCUUCAUGCGUCCUCCCCAGGGAUCCAUUCCUCCUGCUGGGCUGUCUGCCACAGAGGGUGUCCCUGCGCCCCUCCGCAGACCUUCUCCAUCAGAGUUCACUGGGAUCAGACCCAACUCUCACCAACACAUGAUGCCAGGAGUCUCGCAGCCUCGCCCAGUCUCAGUGCAGCCUCAUCUCUCGCAUGGCAUCAUGGGACAACCUCACCCCUCGCAGGGCAUUAUAGGACAGCCUCACCCCUUGCAUGGUAUCAUGGGACAGCCUCACCCCUCGCAUGGUAUCAUGGGACAGCCUCACCCCUCGCACGGCAUCAUGGGACAGCCCCACCCCUCGCACGGCAUCAUGGGACAGCCUCACCCCUCGCACAGCAUCAUGGGACAGCCGUACAUUGAACUCAGACAUCGUGCUCCAGAGCACCGCCUUCGCCUCCCGUUCCCAGAGCACGAAGCCACGCCCCCUCGCCAUCAGCUUGCCAUGGCUCCCAGCGUGGAACUGAGCGGAGAUGCCAUGGAGGAAGAGGACUCUGCUGUGAAAGACCUGGAGGAUGUCGAAGUGAAGGACCUGGUGGACCUGAACCUGAACCUCGACCCAGAAGAUGGCAAAGAGGACCUGGACCUGGCGGCUAACGACCUGCACCUGGACGACUUCCUGCUGUCGGGGAAGUUCGACCUGAUAGCGUACGCCGACCCAGAGAUGAACCUUGACAAUGCUGAACUCGACCUGGACCCUCCAGACCAGGAGCGCAAGACCACGGAUCCCAAAGACCAGGACCGCCAUAAGACCACAGAGAACUCUGGCCAAUCAGCUGCCUCAAUGCGCAUCAAGCAGGAAGUGAAAACUGAGGGGAACCUACUGAGAGCGCCCCCUGCUGGAGCUCUGAGCACAGUGCCUCUUAAGGAGAAGCCCAAGGGUUCACCUGCUCUGACCCCAGUUCCGUCAGCUCCUCAGCAUGUGUUCCAUCCUCGCGUCGCUCAGAGCACUCAGACCUCAACCCAGUCCCAGGGCCAGAGCGAGGCCCUGGACACCUCCAAACCUCGGCCUCUGCUCCUGGAGGAACAGCCCCUCCUCCUCCAGGACCUUCUGGACCAGGAGAGACAAGAGCAAGAGCAGCAGAAGCAGAUGCAGGCGCUGAUCAGGCAGAGGUCGAGCUCCGAGCAGCCCUUUUCCCCUAUGGACUUCGACUCCAUCUCGGACCCCAUCAUGAAGGCCAAGAUGGUGGCUCUGAAGGGGAUCAACCGCUUCAUGUCUCAGGGGCCUCUGGGGAUGAACCCGAUGGUGCGACUUCAGCAGCCUGCAGCUCCCAACACUGCUCAAGAUGGGGCGCCACCACCACUGACUGGAGCACAGGAUGGAGCUCUGAACCCCCCCAUGGUGCGCCCUACUCCUCCCAACUUCAGCCCAGGGUUCAGCAAUGAGGGCCAGAGGCGGCAGUAUGAGGAAUGGUUGGGGGAGACACAGCGCCUCCUUCAGAUGCAGCAGCGCCUCCUGGAGGAGCAGAUCAGCGCACACCGUAAAACCAAGAAGGCUUUGUCAGCAAAGCAGCGCACAGCAAGGAGGGCAGGACGUUCCCUCAACGAGGAGGAUGAGGCACAGCUGCGAUAUGUGACCGACCAGCAAGGGGCUGUGCAGCGGCAGCUGGAGCAGAUCCGAAAGCAACAGAAAGACCACUCUGAGCUCAUCGAGGAUUACAGAUCCAAACUCCAUCCUCGAGUCCUGCAGCCCCCCACCCCCGGGGCCCUGGUCCCCUCCACCCCUGGGGCCCUUGUCCCCCCCACCCCCAGGGCUCUGGUCCCCCCAACCCAUGGAGGCCCUCCUGCUGGACUCAUGCAGACACCACGCCCUCCUCUGGGCGCCCCUGGAGCAGCAGGGUGGGUUCCAGCCCAGGUCUCUGGGCAGGUCCCAGCUCUGGUCCCUGGGACACUAAGGAUUCCCCCUCAGAUGGCGCCCCAGCCCCCGGCACAGAGGUUCAGCUCAGGCGCCAACGGGGCAGAAACCCCCACUCCUCAUGUGAAGUUUGACGACAAUAAUCCGUUUAGUGAAGGAUUCCAGGAGCGAGAGCGGCGAGAGCGUCUGAGAGAACAGCAGGAGAGACAGAGGGUCCAGCUGAUGCAUGAGGUGGAGAGGCACCGUGCUCUGCAGCAGCGCAUGGAGCAGGAGCAGCAAGGCAUGCUGGGAGGGGUCUCGCGGCCGCCUAUCCUCCCCACCCAUACCACUGGGGACGCUCUGUCUCAGAUGCCCUUCUUCAGCUCUGAACUACCCCAAGACUUCCUCCAGUCGCCCCCCUCAACCGGGCCCAGUACAGUCCAGCCUCCACAGCCCCGAACGGGCUCUGUACCCACCACGUCAUCUGCGCCUCCUUCUUCUGCUCCUCUGGCUUUGACCUUGUCUGCUCCUUUGACAUCUUCUCCUGGUUCCUCUGAUGUCACUAUGUCUCCUUCUGGUGCUCCUACCUCAUCCACCACUGCUCCUCCGGCUAUGACAUCAUCUCCUCCCAGCGCCCCUGUCACACCCGCUCCUCCUGCUAACUCCUCCACCCUCUCCCGCCUGGGCCACGACUCCUGCUCCUCCUCCCCCUCCACACCACGUCCCACCCAGGCCGCAUUCCGUGGGGAUAGGACGCCACUCUCGUCGCACUCUGAUGACCUCACAGCUCCUCCCACACCUGCACGCUCUGACACUGCUCCUCCUACACCUGCGCGCUCCGACACGGCCCCUCCCACACCUGUGCGCUCUGACACGGCUGGCUCCACCCCCACCCGUGCGUCUGACCAAUCGGAGCUCUUCUCCCUGGCGCCGUCCACUGAGCUGGAGAGGCAGCUGUCUGUCACGGUAGCUACCCAGGACAGAGGCUUUGCUCUGGGGAAAGAGCAGCACCAAGGGCCACUGUGCGCAGUCCAGCUGGAAGUCAAGGAGGAGCGCGUGGAAGGCCUCUCCUGUUCCGGAGGAGUAAAGAUGGAACAGACUGAAAGCGGAGACGCUGGUAAAGAACUGCUGCGACAUUUACUGAAGGAGAAGUCCCCGUCUGCCACGCCUCCCUCCUCGGCUCCACCGGCGGGCGCACUCUGCUCUCCUUCAACUCCACACAGGGGCCACAUGUCUGAGGAAGAGGAGGCCUUUAUGAACACAGGGCAGCUGGACAGUCCUGGAGGAGACCUGGAUAAAAAAGCACGGUUAAAAAGACUGAACCGACCAGAGAAGGACAAACCUGUGAUUAAAUAUAAGCGAAGGAAACGAGAAGAAGAAGAGAUCCUCAACUCCAACUCUGCAGACCCCCUCCUCUCCCACCUGAGACAGCUGGCCGUGCUCCCGCUCAUGGAGCCCCUGUUCAGGGUCGACCUGUCCCUCUUUCCUCCAUUUGGAAGCUCUUCUCUAGGCUCCGACUCCCGACUCUCGGGCUCUUUUGGGAACGCAUGUUUGGAUGGGGUCACGGACUACUACUCUACACUCAUCUACAAGCAGAAUAACUUGGGUAACCCGCCCACCCCGCCGGCUUCGCUACCCCCCACCCCUCCCCCCGUACCGCGACAGAAGCUGCUGAACGGCUUCACCUCCACAGAAGAGCUGAGCCACAAGGAGCUGAGCCACAAGGAGCUGAGCCACAAGGAGCUGAGUACAGAAGUAGUGAAGGCCGUCAAGCAGAAGGGGGAGGAGCAUCUGGCUCUAAACCACACCUCCAAAACUGUGGAUGUCCCCGCCUCCCUGCCCACACCCCCCCACAACAACCAGGAGGACAUCCGGCUGCAGUUCUUGGCAGAAGCCCCCAGUCCCUCAGAGUAUGUCCCGUCCUCGUCGCCAGAGAGUGUGGCGGACACAGAGAUCAGCCGAUACCCGGAUCUGUCCUUCAUCAAACUGGAGCCACAGUCGCCCUGCUCCUCGCCCCCUCUGCCUGUUGUGCCCUCCGCCUGGGGGAAAGGCUCAGCGAUGAAACGGGAAGUGAAAUCUGAGCCAAACCUACAGGCUCCGCCCUCCUGCACUAGCACUGACCUGGUGACCCUUUCCUUGACCCUGAAUCCUGUGGCCGCUCAGAAUGUUCCUGGUGUCAUGGCGGCCGUGGCACGCUUGCUCCGUCUGCCUGUUCCUCUGAACUACCAGCUCCACAGGACAGGACCUGAGCGCAGUAACUUGGCCCUGCUGGCAGGGGUACGAGUGCCGGUGAUGCAGGGACCUGGUAUCCGGCCUCAAAGACCUCCUGCUCCUGUAAACAGCGUGCGGAUGGAGAUGAACACAGCACCACCCCCUGUUCGGCCUCAAAACUGCAGCUUCUGCCAAGUGCCUCUGGUCCGAGCGGUCAGACAGGAGGCUCAGUCUAAAACUGGGAACGCUGCGGUAUUCUGCUCCAGCUCUUGCUCCAGCCAGUUCAACCAGCGGGAGGCCAACAAGCUGACUCCUCCUCUUGUCAAACCUCUGCAUCAUUACAACAACAACAUGUCGUCCAUCGCCGUCCACACACUGAGAGCGCCGUCCACUGACUCCGCCCCCUCGCCACCACUGGCAUUCCCCAGCGCCUCCGCCAUCACCAUGGAGACAAGACGUACCGACAGCCUCAAGGUGAAGGUGAAGUUGAAACCCAGGCCCAGAGCUGUUCCUGGGGGAGAGGAGCCGCGACAGAAGAGACCCAAGAACUGUGGCUGGAGACGAUGGAGCGUCAGCGUCACACUCAGCAGGGGCCCCUGCAUUCCCCCAGAGCCCCUGUCAGAGGAGGACUUCCAGGCCUUAGGAGCGUGUUUGCGUGGAGAUCCUGUCCCCAAAGACCUGCGCCGCUGCUGCUUCUGUCUUCAACACGGAGACGGGGCGACAGACGGACCAGCCAGGCUGCUGAACUUGGACCUGGACCUGUGGGUACACCUGAACUGUGCGCUCUGGUCCUCAGAGGUGUAUGAGACUCAGGCUGGCGCUCUGAUAAAUGUGGAGCUGGCGCUGAGGCGCGGCCUCACCGUACGCUGUGCGCACUGUCACCACACCGGCGCCACCAGCGGCUGCAACCGCCUCCGCUGCACCAACACAUACCACUUCAGCUGCGCCAUCGCCGCACACUGCACCUUCUUCAAGGAUAAGACCAUGCUGUGCCACCUCCACAAACCUCGCUCUCUGGCUCUAAGCCCCUCCUCCUCUCCGUUUGACCCCGCCCCCUCUGACCCGUACGACUGUGAGCUGCGCUGCUUUGCUGUGUUUCGGCGUGUGUACGUGCAGAGGGACGAGGCGCGGCAGAUCGCUGCCAUCGUGCAGCGCGGCGAGCGCCAGCACACCUUCAGGGUUGGCUCUCUUCUGUUUCGAGCUGUGGGGAGGCUGCUGCCCGCGCAACUCGGCCGUUUCCACAGCAACACCGCCAUCUUCCCUGUAGGUUACCAUGCCAACCGCCUCUACUGGAGCAUGCGCAACCGCCACAGGAGGUGUAAGUACAUGUGUUACAUUGAGGAGAAAGACGCUCAGCCGCUGUUCAAGAUCAAAGUGGUUGAGAAAGGACACGAGGACCUGGUGCUGACCGGAGCCACUCCCAAAGCCGUGUGGGAGCAGGUCCUGGAGCCGCUGGCUGCGAUGAGAUUAUCCACAGAGAGUCUGAAGCUGUUCCCUGUUUAUCUGAAAGGAGAAGAACUGUUCGGUCUGACCACCUCAGCGGUCACCCGCAUCAUCGAGUCGCUCCCUGGUGUGGAGGCCUGUGAGCGGUACUCAUUCCGUUUUGGGAAGAACCCCCUGAUGGAGUGGCCCCUCGCCUUCAACCCGAGCGGGUCGGCGCGCUCCGAACCCAAGGCAUCUCAGGCCAAACGGCCCACGUUCCUGACCAGUGCAGCCCCCCGAUGCCAGGGCUCGGUGGGGGCCAUCGUUGGACUAGUCCCUGGGGUCCUCUCCCUGUCUCCUGGAGAUGCUGUGUCCAGCGCUCACCAGGGACGACACUCCAAGGCCUCCCAGUACCGACGCAUGACCGCCGAGUGGAAGACCAAUGUGUACCUGGCCCGCUCACGCAUCCAGGGCCUGGGUCUCUACGCUGCUCGGGACAUAGAGAAGUGCACCAUGGUGAUCGAGUACAUCGGGACCAUCAUCCGCAGUGAAGUGGCCAAUCGCAAAGAGCGCCUCUACGAAUCACAGAAUCGUGGGGUUUACAUGUUUAGAAUCGACAAUGAUUAUGUGAUCGACGCAACCAUCACCGGGGGACCGGCCAGAUACAUAAACCACUCGUGUUCCCCAAACUGCAUCACUGAAGUGGUGAGCAUCGAGAAGGAAAACAAGAUCAUCAUCAGCUCCUGCAGAAGGAUCCAGAGAGGAGAGGAGUUGAGCUAUGACUACAAGUUUGACUUUGAAGACGACCAACACAAGAUCCCUUGUCACUGCGGCGCUGUCAAUUGUCGCAAGUGGAUGAACUGA